AUGACAAACGAAGCAGAACAUUUUACUAUUGUUGUGAAAUUAGGCUCAUCAUCAAUCGUUGAUGAGCAUACCAGAGAACCAAGGAUUGCAAACAUGUCGCUUCUAGUGGAAACAUUGGUGAAACUUCGGAGAGAAGGACAUCGUAUAGUAUUUGUUUCUUCCGGAGCUAUUGCUGUUGGUAUGAAUAAGCUGAAAAUAGAAAGUAAACCAAAAAAAUUGGCAGCAAAGCAGGCACUUGCAGCUAUCGGGCAAGGUGAACUUAUUUCGAUGUGGGAUGAACUCUUUUCUCAUUUAAAUCAGACAACUGCCCAGGUUCUUUUAACAAGAAAUGAUAUAAUGGACUUUUCCCAGUUCAAGAAUGCCGAAAAUACCCUCAAAGAAUUGCUAGAUAUGAACAUCAUUCCGAUCGUUAAUGAAAAUGAUACUAUUUCUGCUCAGGAAAUCAAAUUCGGUGAUAACGAUACACUUUCGGCCAUCACUGCUGGAAUGUGUAACGCAGAUUUUUUGUUUCUUUUGACAGAUGUUGACUGUUUAUAUACAGACAAUCCACGAUUUAAUCCUGAUGCCAGACCUGUGUUACUUGUGAAAAAUAUGAACAGUUUAGACGUGAAUACUAAAUCAGCGGGUUCGAGUGUUGGUACGGGUGGAAUGAAGACUAAAUUGAUUGCCGCCGAUCUAGCAACGAAUGCAGGUGUUACGACGGUAAUUUGUAACUCCAAAACACCUCAGAACAUGCUAAAGAUUGUGAAGUACAGUUGCAAAGAAGACAAAAACCUUAGGGAAUCGGAUAAAACUUUUCCUAUUCAAGACCCUCAAGAGUUUGGGGUGGAAAAUGCCGACGAGUUAACAAAAAUGAAGGAAAGUCACGUUCCAAUGCAUACCAGAUUUAUUGGACAACCAAAGAAUACAAUAAAAAAUAGGCAAUUUUGGCUUUUGCAUGGGCUGAAGCCACAGGGAGCACUUAUCGUGGAUCUUGGAUGCUACAGGGCCAUAACCAGGCAUAAAAGAGCAGGCCUUUUACCUGCAGGUGUUCUGGCUGUCGAGGGAACAUUUCAUCAAAUGGAAUGCGUUCAGAUUAAACUAGGCUUCAAGGACGAUCAAGGAAAGUUUGACCGGUCAAAGGGAACCUACCCAAUUGGAAAAGGUCGUCCCAACUAUUCCUCAACGGAGAUAGAUAGAAUUAAAGGGCUUCAAAGUUGCGAUAUUGGUUCCAAGCUUGAAUACUCAGAUUCUGAGUAUGUUGUUCACAGAGACAAUUUGGCUUUUCCUAUCCAUCCAGAUUCGGAACUACUGUCUGCGCUAACAAGCUGCAAAAUUUAG